CUCAACCACCCUCUGAUAUAUCCUCUGAUAUAUCCUCAGACAUAUAACAAGAAUAAAAGAAAGUCAGUCAAAAUCACAAACCUAAAACUCUGUUCUGGGUAUUGAUCAUCCUCUGAUCUUCAGAUCACCAAAAGAAACAUGGAUUUCGAUUUUAGAAGAAGCCCCAGAUCUGUAAUUGCAAUUCUAUGUCUAUUUCUCUAUUUAAUUACACCGUCUAAUGGAGAAGAAUAUGGUAUUGGUGAAGACGAAGAUUAUGGACCUGGUGAAGAAGUAACUGGUGUUCGUGAUGAUAAACCUUCAGCCUAUGAGAUUCUUGAAGAUUUCGAUUUCCCAAUUGGAUUACUCCCAAAAGGGGUAACUGGGUACACAUUAGAUAAACAAACUGGUAAGUUCUCUGCAUCAAUGAAGAAAACAUGUAGUUUUUCACUUGAAGGUUCUUAUCAAUUGAGAUAUCAAUCGACUAUACGGGGUGUUAUAUCAAAGGAUAAACUUACAAAUCUUGAAGGUGUAAGUGUGAAGAUAUUGUUGUUUUGGGUUAAUAUCAUUGAAGUUGUUAGGAAAGGUGAUGAACUUGAGUUCUCAGUUGGGAUUGCUUCUGCUAAUUUUGCUUUGGAUAAUUUUGAAAUACAACCUCAGUGUGGAUGUGGAUUGGAUUGUGGUGAUUCUGUUUCUAAUGAUGGUGAUCAGAAAGCAGAGAUUAAACAAGUAAGGAUGAGUUUGAGAAAUCCUUCUUUUGUUGAUUCUUCUUAGGGUUUUUCUUUUUUUCAGUCUGUAAGUAUCUUUUAUGUGUUUGAUAAAAUAACUGAAAGACAUGUCUUUAUUAUGUUUCGAUGAAAUAUAACUUGGGUAUAUAUAUCAUGUUUCAAUUUGGGUUUGUUUUAUCUGAUUUGUAUUUUGUUUA